AUGUCGCACCACGAUCAUACCUUUCAAGGACGUAAGAAGAAGUUGUCUGGAUGGGUGAAAAGGAUUAUACAACCUAGGGAUCCAGGUAUUAGCCCUUUGGCCUCUGCGGAGACAACAGACGAAGAAGAUGACUCCGUAUCGAUGAAAGUGUUAUGGGACGCUGAGCCCAUUCGAGCCAAAUCCGAACCGUUAGAGAGAGAUUUACCUUCUGAAGCCACUGAUAACGUCAGUAUCACUCCGUUGUUCUCGAUGUGCUCCUCAUCAGUCAAAUCCUCGACUUUUUCAGAUUCGCAUUCGAUCCAGUCUACAAGAGCUACUGUCCUCUCGGGAAGAACCGUUGAGACCAACUCCAGCACUAUGGCAAUCCCACCUGCGAGUAUCAUUGGUAGAACGAGGGCCUCAUCCGCGACGCAACCCAGCAGCAGCGCUUCAUCGGCUGGUCCCUCCGCAGUAGCACACCAUUUGCAUCAAUCAAGACCAGCAAGCAUACGCCAUACUCAAUUACAACGAGAUCCAAGCUCUACGACAGUCAAUUCAUCCUCUACCAUCAAGUAG